AUUCGGCAGAGUCCAGUCAAGUCAAGUCAACGGCACGGCGCUCACGCGGUGCUUCGUCCGUUCUCCGUAGCUUCCCUUCCCCUUCCUUCUUCACCAUCAGGCAGGCAUUAGACCAGACCUCAAGAUCCACGCUCCCCCUUCUCCAAUCCCUCGUUUCCUCUCCCGCCCCUCAACUGGAACCCCUCUGGUGGCCGCGGGCACGCGCCAUUGCUGAGCUUCGCGCGCAGCCGCAAGGACGCAUCGCGGUCGUGGUAGACGACCACACAGGCUCCGGAGCGGCGGGCCGCGGGAGUCCCGUAAGCGCGACAGCCACGCGCUCAGCUGAGGGCAGCUUCAGGCAGGAACUAAGCUAAUGGCAGAAGCAUUGUUAACUGCCCUAUCGAAGAUUGGUAAAGUUUUAGGAGAUGAAGUCAUCAAAAUAGUCAUUGCUGAAGCAUCUAAAAAAGUGACUAAUCUGAGGAAGCUACCAGAAAAUAUCAGGCAAAUUGGGAUAGAAUUGAAUAUGAUGAACAAGGUAAUACAAGAUUUGGAUACCACGAAUCUCAGCAUCAAUGUGGUGAAUGGUUGGAUCGCAGAGCUGAGAAAUCUGGCUUUCCACGUGGAGGAUGUGAUGGACAAAUACUCAUACAAUGCUUUUAAGCUGCAGGAAGAAGGAUCACUGAUGUGGUUCUUAAAAGGAGCAAACAAUGCUAAAGUUUUCAGUGAUAUUGCAGAUGAGGUAGUUCAGAUAAUGGGUGAGAUUGAGCAAGUAAAGAAACUACAAAAGGACUAUUUCCCGGCUGUCCAGUUUGUUCCAUCAAGUUCUGUAAUUGUUCAACGAGGAUACCAAGUCUGCUUGCCCGAGCUUAUUCAAGACGAAGAUCUUGUGGGGAUUACAUUGAAUCAGGCAAAGUUGAAUGGUUGGCUACACUGCAACGAGCCAAAUAGCAUUGUGAUAACAGUGUCAGGUAUGGGUGGAUUGGGAAAAACCACUCUGGUCAUGAAUGUUUAUGAGCGUGAGAAGACCAAAUUUCCUGUUCAUGCAUGGAUCACAGUGUCACAAACCUACACAAUAGAAGGCUUGCUGAGGGAACUACUCAGAAAUAUUGGGUACACAGAUGAGGCAUCAGAUAGCUUGGAAAACAUGGAUGCCCAUCAGUUGAGAGAAAAAAUAAAGAAUCUCCACAGCAACAGCAAAUGUUUAGUUGUGUUGGAUGAUGUUUGGAAAAAGGAAGUGUACCAUCAAAUGGCAGACAUUUUCCAGAUUAUCAAAGCAAGCCGUAUCAUCAUCACAACGCGGAGAGAUGACGUUGCAUCUCUUGCAUCUUCAGAACGCCAUCUUCAGUUGCAACCUUUAGAAAGCCCCGAUGCAUUCAGACUCUUCUGCAGAAGGGCCUUUAAUAACAUAAAAGAUCAAAAGUGCCCCCCAGAGCUCGAAGAUGUGGCGGCUUCCAUAGUCGAUAGGUGCAAAGGCCUGCCCUUAGCAAUUAUAUCGAUGGGCAGCCUCAUGUCCUCGAAGAUACCAAAAAAGCAUGCCUGGAAUCAAGUGUACAAUCAGUUCCGGAGUGAGUUAGCUAAACCAGACAAUGUCCAAGCAAUUUUGAAGCUUAGCUACAAUGACUUACUAGGGAACCUCAGAAACUGUUUCCUAUACUGCAGCCUUUUUCCUGAAGAUUACAUCAUGUCCAGGGAGAGCCUUGUCAGGCAGUGGGUUGCUGAAGGAUUUGCGGUGACUAAUGAAAAAAAUUCACCAGAGGAUGUGGCUGAACUAAAUCUCAUGGAGCUCAUUGCCAGGAACUUGCUGCAAGUUGAGGAGUACGAUGAGCUUGGCAGGGUGAACUCAUGUAAGAUGCAUGACAUUGUGCGUGACCUGGCUCUUUCAAUAGCUAAUGAUGAGAAGUUUAGCUCUGCAAAUGAUCAAGCUGCAAUGAUACAGAUGGACCAGGAAGUGCGCCGUCUAUCAUUAUGUGGAUGGAAAGACAGUGAUGCACCAACAACGAGGAUUCCACACCUUCGCACUCUAUUUUCACUUGAUGGUGUAAUAUCAACUCGCAUGUUAGCCUCAAUCUUUUCUGAAUCAAGCUACCUUACUGUUCUCGAGCUGCAAGAUUCAGAAAUAACUGAAGUGCCAGUAUCCAUAGGCAAUCUGUUUAAUCUACGCUAUAUUGGCUUGCGGCGCACCAGAAUUAAGUCACUUCCGGAGUGUAUUGAGAAGCUAUCCAAUCUACAGACACUGGACAUCAAGCAAACAAAAAUAGAGAAGCUACCGCGAGGCAUAGUUAAGGUCAAGAAGCUUCGGCAUCUGUUAGCUGACAGAGUUAUUGAUGAGAAGCAGAAAGAUUUCCAGUACUUCGCUGGGGUGCAGCCACCCAAGGAUCUGUCUAAAUUGGUAGAACUUCAGACUCUUGAGACUGUGGAAGCAACAAAUGACUUGGCAGACCAACUGGACAAACUUAGGAAACUACAAAGCGUUUGGAUUGGCAAAGUUAGUGCCAUGCAUUCUGCAGAGCUUUUCGCUACUCUGUCCAACCUACCACUUCUUUCCAGCUUGCUUCUCAAUGCAAUUGAUGAAAACCAGACACUUCAUUUGGAAGCCCUCAAGCCACAGUACAAACAACUCCACAGGUUGAUCGUCCGAGGCCAUUUGGCAGCCAGGACGCUGCAGUGCCCAAUAUUUCACAGCCAUGGGGAAAAUCUCAAGUUUCUAGCUCUAAGUUGGUCUGGUCUUCAGGAAGACCCACUUCCACUGCUUGCACAACACGUGCCAAACCUCACCUAUCUAAGCCUAAACAGGGUUAGUAGUGCAGACACCUUGGUUAUGUCUGACGGAUGCUUCCCACAACUGAAGACACUUGUGCUGAAGAACCUCUGCAACGUCAAACUGCUGAUGAUUGGAAAGGGCGCCCUUAAAAAUAUCGAAGGUUUGUAUAUUGUAGGGCUUCCAAAGCUGGAUACGGUUCCUGAAGAUGUCGAAUCGCUCCGCUUUUUAAAGAAGCUGCGUCUGUUGCACCUUCACGAGGACUUCAAAGCUGAGUGGGACAGAAAGGGAAUGCACCAGAAGAUGUCAUAUGUUCUGGAGCUUCGCAUCUAAUUUGUUCUGCAAUAAUAUUCCUGCGUUUGCUCAGAACAACAUCACACAUCAAGUCCAUCAAAUAAAGUCUGUCCUUGUCAAUUCUGCAAGUAGCUAUCCAUUUCCCAAUGAUUUCACGCUUGUUAUUCCCUUGCAUAUUAGCCAUCAGGAAAGUACUUGUCUGUAUCUGCACGCAAGGUUCCUUCGUUACUUUAUGGUUUGAUUUUCCCAUCAUGAACCAAGAUCUUUGUGUAAUUUAGCUGCAUUUGAAACAAGAUUGUAUACAUAUUCAUCUCCAUCCACUAAAUGUAUAUGAUCGCUUGAUUUUAUAUUCUUAUAUAACUUGUGCUGCAAUGCUACUUAGCACUGCACCACUGUGUA